AUGGCCUCAUCAUCAUCAUCUUCCCCGCCGGCGGCCGCCGAUAAACCAGACGGCCAGGCUGGCCCCACUCACCACCACCACCCUCCUCUGCCGUGCCCCCGCUGCAAUUCCCCCAAUACCAAGUUCUGCUACUACAACAACUAUAGCCUCUCCCAGCCCAGACACUUCUGCAAGUCCUGCAAGCGCUACUGGACCCGCGGCGGCUCCCUCCGCAACGUCCCCGUCGGCGGCGGCUGCCGCCGCAACAAGCGCCUCAAGCGGCCGCCGCCGUCGCCUACCCCAGUCGCCGCCCAAUCCAACCCUAAGCCGCCGAUGAUGACGAAUAAUCACAAUCCCUCGAUUAAUUACCCCCUCCAAUCGACCAACAAUCGUCUCGAGCCGGUCGGUUUUCCGUUUUCCGGUGAGGACCAGGGAUUCGAUUUUCAGCCUCGAGUGGGCGGGUUCGGGUUAGGGUUUUCGUCUGGGCUCGUUAAUGGGCCGCCGUUCGAUUUAGGCCCAGUUCCUUUUCUGCCAACAGCGGCCCAUAAUUCGCUCAAUUUCAGAUCUUCGGUGUUUGCCUCCACCGUCCAGCAUCAGAAAUUCGGGACUAAUGGCGAUUUUAAAGAUGUGAUUAUUAGUCGUCAUGAAAAUGGAGUUACGGGUAAUUAUAAUCGAGAUGUGAAAGUAGAAGGAGAAAACGGGUCCGGGUUUGGGAACCCGAAAAACCCGAACCCGAUUGAUCAGCUUAAUUCCUCGGAUCCUUCGUCUCUUUUAUGGAGCACGACUAAUCUUGGCGCUUGGUUUGACCCGUCAAACUCAAACAUUGGUUCUUCAGUUUCCUCUUUGAUUUAG